UCGGUGACGUCGCUCAGGGCGCGCUCCCGCGACCUCUUCAUGCUGCGCGGGCGCGCCGCUUCCCCAUUAGUCCGCUCUCUCUGCUCAGACACGACCUGCUCACUGCUCCACAAUGGCCUCCGGUGUGAAAGUCACAGAUGAAGUUAUCGCAGUCUUCAAUGACAUGAAGGUGCGCAAGGCUCAGGCAAAUGAGGAUGAGAAGAGGAAGAGGAAGAAGGCUAUUCUGUUCUGCCUGAGCAAGGACCUCAAGAAUAUUGUUCUGGAUGAGGGAAAAGAGAUCCUCCAGGGUGACUUGGGAACCACUGUCCAGGACCCAUACCAGGACUUUGUGAAGAUGCUGCCCGCAGAUGACUGUCGCUAUGCUUUGUACGACGCCACUUACGAGACCAAAGAAACAAAGAAGGAGGACCUGGUCUUCAUCUUCUGGGCUCCAGAUAGUGCUCCUUUGAAGAGCAAAAUGAUCUAUGCCAGCUCAAAAGAUGCUAUCAAAAGGAAAUUUGAAGGUAUUAAGCACGAGUGGCAGGUGAACGGUUUGGAAGACCUCAAAGACCGACACACCCUGGCAGAAAAGCUCGGUGGCUCUUCAGUAGUCAGCCUGGAAGGAUCCCCUUUGUAAAUACUACACCCCUCCUCUCUGGCUUCAGUUGAGGCCUUUCAGACACAUCUGUUGGGUUUAGCUGUUCAUUCCAGUUUGGUGUGGAAGAGGGCAAAAGAAGAACCAGCAUCAUUAUUGGGACACUUGGGGAGGGUUAUAAUGGGUGGAUUUAGGUUCAAUUGACAGUUUAAAAAAAAAAUAUGCAGACUGUCAUUCCAGUUCAUGCAACGUAAAGAUUAUAAACAAAAUACAUGAAGAAAAACCUUAAGAUACAACUGAGGAAGGAUGAUGAUUAAAAUUUAAAUACAUGUUUGUGUUUAAGGACAAGAUUUUGUUCUUUCCAGGUUCAACUUGAAUGAUUGCAGAGAAAGGGACAGGCAACUACCUUUAGUUUUCCAACCAUUUAAUCCUGACAAAUAAUGGCUCCAACUACAUCUUUUUUAUUUUGCCAAACUUCUAGUUAAGUUUGUGUGUGUAGUUGAGACUAGGUGUAGUAUGAACUAAUUCACUCUUAAUUGCACAAGAUGUAUCAAAACCUGUGAGGUAACACGGUUAAUUAUACAUUUUUUGGGGGGUUGUUAUUAUUCCAUUGUUGUGUUGGUUUUUUUUUUGUUUUUCUUUUUUUUUUCUCUGAACAUGCAAUUUCCAAAACUUGAGCGAUUCCUUCUCAUUUCCAGUUCUGGGUCAAAGAACAUGGCAUUUUAUGUAGUAGACAGAAAACAUUCCUUGCACUUGUUAAAACCAGGAUUUCCUCGAUUUGAAAACUUAGGUGUUAUGAAGGUCUGAUGAGGAGCGAUGUGUAAAUGAAGGAUCAGAGAUUUAGAUUGAAUACUGAAUGGUGGAUGUUUUGUAUCGUCUCCUUAUCUCUAAUAAAAAGCACUAAACUAC